UCUAAAACCCAAAACCCCGCCGCGUUCGCCCGUCGCCGCCGGCGCCUCCCGCCGCUCCUCCGAUCCUUCCCCCGCAUCACCCCCCCUGCCCGGCCACCGUCAUCGCCGGUUCGGGCUCGGGCCUCCGAGGUCGAUGGCGGCCCACGGCAACUUCGGCGGCCUGCACGACGUCGCCCUGAAGCCGCGCCUGCUCUCGAAGCUCCUGAGGGAGCGCGUCCCGGACGAUUCGCGCCCCUUCUCGGACCCCUCGGAGCUCGCGAGCGUGGUCGCCACGCUCAGGGUCCACAAGCUGCUGUCCGAGUCGUCCGAGGAGUCCGCGGACAAGAAGGUGGUCGAGAGCUGGAAGAAGGCGGUGGACGCCUGGGUCGACCGGCUGAUGCUCCUGGUCUCCAGCGACGUGCCAGACAAAUGUUGGGCAGGAGUCUGUUUACUGGGCAUAACUUGCCAGGACUGCAGCUCUCACCGUUUCUUGGCAUCUUAUUCUUCCUGGUUUCAGAAACUUCAUGUGCAUGUUCAGGCACCAGGGGUUUCCAACUUUGUGAGAGUGGCAUCUAUUGCCUCACUUUCGGACUUAUUUACAAGGUUAGGUCAGUUUCCCAAUGUGAAGAAAGAUGGUGUUAGUUUUUCUGGGAAGCUAAUUCAACCAUUUUUGAAGCUUUUAAAUGGAGAUGGAUCGGAGGCUCUUUGGGAUGGCGGAGUUAACAUGUUGUGCAGCAUAUUAUGUUACUUUCCAUCUGCCAUCCAUCGCCACCAUUAUGACAGUGUUGAGACAACUAUUGCUUUAAAGAUAAUGUCAGGGAAGUGCAGUACUUGCUUGUUAAAAAAGCUUGCUCACUGCUUAGCAAUUCUUCCCCAAUCGAAAGGAGAUGAGGAGACCUGGUCUUUACUGAUGCAGAAGAUCCUUCUUUUAAUUAAUAGCCAUCUGAAUGAUGCCUUUCAAUUCUUAGAGGAAGAAACCAAAAGUACCAAAGUUGUCAACUUACUGGUUCCACCGGGAAAAGAUCCACCAACACCAUUAGGAUGUUGCAACUCUUCUGACAAAGCAGCUGCUGAGGCCAUGAAAAGACCAAAUAGAUUGCUAACAUCCAGUGUGUCUGCUUUUAUGCUUUGUGGUUGUGAGAUGCUUAUAAAUCCCUAUCCUGUUCAGGUGAAUAUUCCUGUUAAAGCAGUGUUAGCCCUUAUAGAGAGAGUGCUAAUGGUGGAUGGCUCUGUCUCUCAAAGCUUGUUGCCCUUUGUCACAGCCAUGCAACAAGAGUCUCUUUGUUCAGAGCUUCCAAUGUUUCACUCCGAUGCUUUGGAUCUGUUAAUUGCAUUGACGAAAGUCAUGCGCAGUCAAAUGUUGCCUCAUGCUGCAUAUAUUGUCCGACUUAUUGUGAGAUAUUUCAAGAACUGCUCAUUGCCAGAGUUAAGGGUAAAGGUCUACUCAAUCAUAAAAACUUUGCUGAUGUCCAUGGGCAUAGGUAUAGCAAAAUUCCUGAUGCAGGAAGUAGUCAACAAUGUUUUCAUUGAUUUAAAUCCUGAUCAUCAAGAUGGCCUUGCUUUUCCCAUCCCACCAUCGAAGGCCAAUGAAGUGUUGUACCCAAAUAAGAAAAAAAGGAAGCAUGCUUCUGCAGCUAAAUCUUUAGAGGAUAACCAUGAAACAGGCUUUGGAGAAGCACCCAAGAAUCAUCUGGUGGUACCUGCCAAUGUUAAGAUAGCUGCACUGGAGGCAUUAGAGGUUCUUCUUACUGUGGGUGGUGCUCUGAGGUCCGACUCUUAGGAAAAUGUGGAUACCCUCUUGAUUUCAGUAGCAACAAAUUCAAUUCAUGAUGGAUGGAACAUUGAGGAAAAUAGCAUCUGUAUGCCCAAGGAACAAAUACAUAUGGUGGAGAAAUUGCAACUUGCUGCCUUGAGGGCACUAUUGGCAUCACUUCUUUCCCAGUCUCAUGUACGGCCCUCAAAUAUAGCCAGAAGUCUUGAGCUCUUUCAAAGCGGAAGACAGGAAACAGGGACAAAGGUAGCUGAAUUUUGUGCACAUGCUCUUUUAGCUUUGGAAGUACUUAUUCAUCCUCGGGCACUUCCUCUGGAAGAUUACUCCCCUGCAACCGCCGACUCCUUUGGGGGAUUUUCCCGCAAAUUCGCAGAAAAUGUGCACUCUGGUGGCCAGCCUGCAGUUGCUUUUUCACAAAGGACUGAGCUUACUCUGCCUGAUUCGUAUGAUGAUGAGCUGCAUAGCAAGUGGCUUCAAAAUCAGGAAAAACCUGAGACUCCAUUAGAUGACCAGGUUAAGAAAGUUAAGUACAGUGAAGAUCGCAGUGACUUGUCCCAAGCAAUUAGCAUGGAAAAGGGACAUGACAACUUCUUAGAUAAAAGCACUACUGAGAAAAGUAGGAUAUCGCCUCUCGAAGUAGAUGCGAAUGACAUGGAAAUGGAAGACAGGAAUCCUAAUAAUGUGGAAUCACCCAAGCAUGAAAAGACAACUAGGAAAUUUAAAGAAACCCUGCAACAGAUAGCAACUACUUCUAAAGAUGCUGAGAGAGAUUCCAAAACAGAGUCACUGAGCAGUGUCGCUGCAGAUCAUGGAAGUAGGGAAGUCGGAUUAGAGGGGAAUGAUGUUGUGACUCAAGGUGAUGGCAAUUCUGCUUCAGGUGAAAUGGUUAUGCUGGGGACUUCAGAUUCUGCAAAGGGCAAGGAGAUAAUUGUUAAUCCUGAUGACGAAUCAUCUAUGGACGUUUUUCCCGAUAUUAUCGAUGUAGAACCAGAUUCGGAUGAGGAGUAAGUAUAUCUCACGUGAUGAAGGGAUGAAAGGCAUAUUUUUCAUUGCAUAAAAGGCAGAACAGAAACAUAAGAGUUCAAUGUUUUAUUAUUAAUUAAGCAAUCAAUUUGAGUUUUGUCUCGCAAUUGUAGUUAAUCUUAUAUCAAUGUCUGUUUCAGCUUUGUAU